AUGCGAGGUCGAUUUCUCAACAUCGAUUACUUCUCUACUCCACCAUCUCACGUAUACGAAGCCCUAGGCUUCCUCAAUCUCCCAGCUCCCAAUAACUUCCCGGCUCCUCUCUUCCACGACACGAGAGAAGAGUUUCUUCGAUUCGAACCUGUCGAAGGCUUCUCUCUCCCGAUCGAUAAUCUUCCAAUCGGAGAUGCGUUAUCGAAGUUCCUCGCCGACGUGGUUCCCGAUCGCGUCCCCGUCGACGAUGACGCUUUCGAGAUGGAUUACUCUUCCCUCGGAGACGAGCUGAGGUUUAUCCUCGGCCGUGGAGAUCGUAAGUUCCUCGAGAAGAGUGAAGGAAGUGCCGUUGAGGAGAAAGCUAUAUUGGAUUUUAACAUUGUACAGAUGGAGACUCCAGAGAUGGAUUUCGAAAUGGAGAAUAAGCUCUCGUCCAAGAUUGAGGAUCUUCAGUGUCUCUCUAAAGUUCUAGAGAUCGAAAAUGAGCCGGUUAAGUUCGAGGAGUCAGAUGUUAUUAUACAGAACUCAAGUGAGAUCAAACAGAAGAUUUAUUCUGUUGAUUGCAUUGCUUCUGAUUACACAACAGAGGACAGUACAUCGGUGAAAGAAGAUGAGUGCUUCCGGAAGAAUCGACCAUGGUUCAGAGAUGCUGUAUUUCCUCUUCUAGAAGUGGAUGAGGUAAACUUGAAGGAACUAUCAAGCUUGUCUAUGCUUGAUAAAGUAUUUUCUGUUCUUGAAACGAUUGAGCCCAGAGAUUUGGAUACAGAGAGUUCUCUCGUUAUCAACUCUAAGGAGCUUAUAGGCUCCAAGGAAUAUGAUCUAUUGGAUAUCCUCUCUACGGAUUGCUAUUCAAACAAGAGUGUCCAGUCUGAUUUGGUACCACAGGAAGUUGAUAUGGUGACUAUCUUGGAAAUACCAAAUCCUGAGGGAAGAUUUCAGUUUGAACAGGGAAAGUUGGGUGAUGAUGUGGUCUCGGUGAAUUUUGAGGAAGUUCAGAUCUUGGAUGUGGAGAUAUCUGAUGUUUUUGGUGGCUUCCUUUGUCUUCAACAAGCAGCUGAACCAGAAGUAUGUCCCGGGAUGUUCAGUGAAGAGAUGAACUUCAAGAAUUUUGAUGAGUUAGUUGUCAGUUCUGAACUUGCCUUCGCAGAUGAUGCCUUCAAGUCUCUGCCAACUCCUAUCUUACAUGAUAAUGAGAUUACAAGAUCUCUGGAACUCGUUUAUGAGAAUUAUUUGUCAAAGAUCAAGCCUCAGGCCUUUCCUGCAUCAAAUGACAUAUACUUGCCUUUGAACCUUCUUGAGGAGACAAAGCACAACCAUGAAGCCCAUUUUUUUGGUUAUCCCUCUGAAGAAAUAGUUACAUGCAACAUUGAUUGUGAUUUGGAAUCUUUAGAAGGAGACAAAUGGGUUUAUGAUUUCGUUUUCUCUAAAGAUGUUUUCUGCGAGCCAAUUGUAGAGAGAUGCACUGAACCUUUCUAUGGUAUAUCUAUUCUUGAUGAGCAACCUCCUGUUAAUACUUCUUAUCGGUUAUCGGAAAACCCUUGUCCGGAAACAGGAGCCGGGGAAUGUGGAAGGGGUGAUUCUGCUAAAAAGGCUGCCAUGUUGUUCAAAUCAAUGUCUGCUUUUGAUGACUUAAGUUUUUUCAUGGAUCCUCAGAAAGCUGUGAUUGAAGAGAGUCUUGAGUCUAGAGUCGAAGCUAAUAAGACUGACAACCAUAAAAUUACGUCCACUAACGCAAAGGCUUCAUGUGCAUCUGGUGGCAUCCACCCAAUCCCGAGGACAGAGGAUAUGAUACUUCACAGUGUGCGCCCUUCAGAAAAUAUUCUGGCCCUUGUUCGGGAUUUUGAGAAGAGCUAUUUAACGCUUGUGAAGGAUGAACCAGAGUUGAUUUCUACUUUAUCAGAAGACAAGCUUAAGCUACUCAGCAUUUCGAAAGGAAAGCUUAUCGACUGCAUACGAAAGGAAAAUGUCCACAAAACACGGUCAGCUGAUGAUAAGACUUUCACGUUUGCAUUGCUACUAGCAAUUAAACAGAUGACAUGGUAUUUAUGUUUCUUUGGUAUCCGUGUCGCAUAUCUCUAUCUUAACAAGUUAUCUCGGAGCUCAAAUCCCAUGAAGCUAGGAUUGCACACGCUCUACUCAUCAUUUGAAUCAGAACACAUGUCAACUGAAACAGACAUCACUAGAUCACAUCCAUCCCUAGCUGUUAUCCAGGGGAUUUUACAGUCAAAAUUUGUCCGUGGGAAUUCCAAAGCGUUACUUUUGGCUGAGAAAGUUUUUUGGUCCUCUCUAAAGAGGCUAUUGGUGUCCAUGGGGUUAUCUUACAGUGAGCUCAACAGUCCGUCCCCAAGUGGAAAUCAACCUAAUCUUAAUGAAGCAACAGAACUUUUUUUCCUGCCAACUACAGACUGUCUGCUUGUCGCUUACGAGCGCAUUUCUCCAUCUUUUCCUGUGGAGAAUUUCAGUGUCAUUGUAGAAUAUGGAUGUCCAAAUGCAUCGCCCAAAGUCUCAUCUCUUUUAAAGUUGAACUCCUUUCCUUGCUUCCAUUUUAUAAAAGUGGAGCUUGAUAUGUCCAGUGCGUGCGGGCAACUCUCUGCAGGUGUUACAGUACCUUAUAGUCUCAAAAUGGUAAAGGGAGAUGAAUUUGAGACAAAAACUGGGUGGUUGGAAGAAGUAUUGAACUUUGUUCCACUUGAAAGUGUAUGUUCCGCAGGAUCUUCAGAAACUACGAAGGAAUCUGAAUUUAAUUCCGUGCCUCAAGAGUGUGGAAGAAAAACUGGUGUAAAUGAGCAGGGAGUUCUCUCUGACCAAAGAGCUGUGAUUGUAGUGAACACAAAAACUGUUGACAAGGAGAUGAUAAUAUCCAGAAGAAGAACAUAUCAAAAGGUCUUGGCAAUGGAAAGAGAAGGUGUGCAAGUUGUGGAGCGUGAUUCAGAUCUACCUGUAGACCUGAUGCUAAGUCCUGCAAUUUGCCUAGUCUGGUAUGAUUGUGGAAAUGUUAGUAAGAAGUCAGAUGCAACUAUUGGUGCUUCAUCAAGCUCACUUUCAUGGAUUGGGGAUAUCGCAACCAAUGUUUUGACGUCACUGAGUUUUGGUUUCAGCACCUGUGUUAUGGUUUUUGAGGGGGAACCCACUUCCCUGGCUACAGUAAUGGACUCUUCUGAUGAACUAUAUGCAGCAGCUGGCAGCCUGGGAAUCAGUUUACAGAUCUUUUGCUCAUCAUCAGCUGAUUUAACUGAUGAAAUUAUACUGAGGUGUAUCAAAUCUUCUGUUAAAUCUUCACAAGUCCAUACCAAAAUGCCUGAGUCUGAAACUCUUGCAGAAUCAUUUCUCACCAAGUUUCCUUCCGUGAAUCCGCUUACAGCUCAUGUAAUUUUGUCAUCUGCUGGGUCACUUCUCGAGUUCAUGAAGCUCCCACAUACUAGCAAGGUUCAAAUGUUGCAAAAGUACCAUGUACCUGAAGAGAGUGUUGAACUCUUCAGCUCAUUAUGCAGAUACGGUGCAAGGGAGGACUCCAAAUCUGUAAUGACAGACAGCUCUUCUUCUAUAUCCUCUGGACCUGACUCAGACACACACCAUUUCAGUGUCCAUUCUGGUUCGAAAAGAAAACAGUACAGUACUGGGAAAGAUGAGAUAGAUAUGGACGACUUGGUGCAUCGUGUUCCCUCGACAGAGUUUUCUGGUACGAAGCGCAAGCAUUCAGGGGAUUUCCAACUUGAUGAUUCUUGGUCAUCUAAAGAUCAUGAGAUGUUUCAUUUUGACCCUGUCACUGAAUUCCCCGAUGCACCUCUCAAACCUUCUGGCAUCAUUCAUCCUAACGACUCUUGGCCAUCUAAAGAUCCUGAGAGGUUUGACAAGAAGUCAGGACCUGGUUCUUCAUCAAAGGACGCGUUCUGGGAGAAUGAUUUUGGAGUGCAGGAUAAUCUUCCUGGAUUUGAAAGUUGGAGUUUCCCCGUUACAGAUGAGUUCAUGAGUCAGAACAGAGGACGCAAGUUUCCUGUGAUGGGAAAAGUAAACUUGCACGACACUAGAAACUCAGAGAACUUCAUGGGAGACUACAAAGGUGAAGUUAUCAACAUAGAGGAUAGUAAGUUUCUCAAGGAAGAUUUCCCUCCUUCUCCUGGUUAUAACAGGUACUCUCCAGUAGUUUCUGAUGUUGACGAUCAGAGGAAAUCAAAGUCUGCAAGGAAGCUAUCUUUCUCUGAAUCUAUCCAGCCUAUCUUCCCAACAUCAGCUGAGAUUAACUUCAGUUCUGAAAGGUUACCCACCGAGAACGAUUACAGAAACGUGUCAACUUCUUCUUCGCCUUCGCGUGGCUAUGUUGAUAACUACCCAGCAAAAAGGCAACGGACCCUUCUGGAGGAAGUCUUAACACGGAGAUCUGCAGUUUCCACAACGGAUCAUCCGUUUCAAGAAGAGAUAUCACAUUUUGGUAGGUCUCCACUAUCAAACGCAACACCUUCUCCAGAUCCAGUACAAGGUUCUCCUUGGACGAUUGAUUUUCUCAACAGAGUCAGAGAAAAGACUAUAGAAAGGAAGCAGCAACAAUCUCUUCAACAAUCUCUUCCUUCUUAUAUCACUCCCUCUAGUUUGGAAACUCGAGGAAGGAACCUAAACAAAUCUAAUAUCAAGAGGAAGAGUCCUUCCGUAAUAGAGUUAUUCAAGCAUAAAGGAGGCAAUGCUCGUAGCAGGGUUCCAGAAGAGAGAAAGCAGAAGCGGUCGAAGAAUUCUUCAGCCUCGCCACAACAUGAGAGAUCUGACUCGCUUCUUAGGUCGUUUACACCAAUCGAUAAGCGGGCAAAACAGACUCUAUCUUACGCUGUGAAUGGAUCUGGAAGGCAAACAAAACUGUUAUGGAAGUAA